CUUCAAAGCGAGAAGGUAUUGAUUAGAUCAGGGCUGUUCCGUACGGGCCGAGGGUUUUGCGUGUAAUUUUCAGGCACCGUUUGUGCGAGGCAGCUCAGGAUAGGUGUGUCAUCUCGGGUGGGUCGCCUUGUACGUCGCCGGCGGCACGCUCCCCUGUCCCGCCCCUCCCAACACCAGACACCGCCGGAGGGGCCCAGUCUGUCCUCCCGCUGACAGGGACUUGACGUGUAAAACACCUAGCUAAGAUACAACGCCACUGAAGACAUGUCUCACACGCACUAUUACUCGCGGGAGCUCCAACAGACCGACCGCUCGCGCUAUGUCGUCAGGGGAAGGGAUGCGGGCGUCAGGCGUACGAGCACGUCCACCGCGUACAGCGGCGGGUACGGCGGGCCGACGGCGCCCACCACGCGGCGCAGCAGCAGCGCUGCCCCCGCCACCAGGAAAAUAUCGUACCGAAGCCGCAGUCAGUCCUCUGACAGACUGACCACCCGCAGAAACACCUACGACUACGAACCUUACUCCUCUGCCCGUUUUCUUUCCGAAUCUAGAUCCGGAGGAGGGGUGUCGAGAAAGCUUCGCUACCGGCAGCAGAUGAGCGAGACCAACCUCAUGUCUACCAGCAACAGAAUGUCCCACUCCAUGACGUCUCUGACGUCCCCCGACCAGGUGGUGUCCGCUCGGGUGUACUACCAGCCCAUGUACCCUAAGCGGGCACGGACGCUGUCCAGCCAGUCGCCGGGACGUUACGACUCCACCACGACUCGUACCUACAGCAGCUACACGUCAUCCCGACACAGUCUGACGGGCAGCGCGCCCGGGUCCCGCCGCUCCAGCAUGGACUCUCAGCACUCGUACGACGAGCUGAUGAGUCCCAGCCCGGUCUUCACCCGCGCCAUGUCCACUACCACCGAGAUCGUCAAGGAGAUCAGCAGGCUGCAGGAGACCAAGAAGCAGCUGGAGACGGACAUCCUGACUCUGGAGAGCGCCAAGAGCUCGGGGUCCGGCUCCACCACCGUCAUCAAGACCCUGCAGGAGGAGACGGAGACUCUCACCAAACGGAACACGGAGCUGGAGAACGACAUCAAGGACUUCAAGAUGAGGUUUGAGGAAGAGUUGAGCUUGAGGAAGAAACUGGAAGAUGAAGUUGGCAGUCUAAGGAAGGAGCGUGGGAGACUAAUGUUCGAAUCGGUGGCGGAUUCGACCGCCGGUGGCGCCGGGGGCAGGCCGCUUCCCGAGCAGCUGGAAAGGUUGCGACGACACUACGAGGAUUUAAUUCACAAGAACCGGGAAGAACUGGAAAAACACUACAAGGCAAAGAUCACGGCCCUACAAGGUCAGACCAUGGCGCCGUCAGAGUUCGUCUCACAGAUGGAGACCAUGCAGACGGAGGAGAGCAUGCGCAGUGGCAGCGGAGGACUGGAGGAGGCGGAGAGAAGAAAGUUCCAGGAGGAGAUAGAGGAGUUACGGACGGAGUUACGCAACUUCCGCAACCAGGUGUCACAGAUGCAGGAAGGAAAAACCACGCCGAGCGUGAACGGGCAGGCUGAGUCGGAUUUCCCGGGCGUUCCCUCUGCUUGUUUCAUCCAGAACGGGGAACACCGCCACACGUCACACCUCAAGGUGGACCUGGGGAAUGGCAGGAGUAACGUGUACGUCACAGGUCUUUCCCUCAACCCAGCGGCGAUUGCGAUGCAGCCGACUGGAAAGCCGCAGGGGUUCGUGUCGCUGUACCCGAUCUCUUGGUACUUCGACAAGGACCUCAGCACCAUCCAAAGUACACAGAGUGUGGUGACGGAGACGAAAACUACGCAGAAAACAGUGACGCAACAGAAAACCACUCCGCAGAAGGCAGUGGCUAAGGAUGACCCGAAGUACGGAUCUGUACACAUGUCCGUAAAGGAGGAGGAGAUAGCUAAGGUUCUGAAAGGUUAUGGUGCUGCAGUGCCGGCUCCUGGUGAUAGGGGCGCUGAUAUCAGCGCCUCUGUAGGCAGGGCGCUCCUUGGUCGGUGGUUCCGGUUGGCCCAUCACGGCAGUAAUGGGUUAGUGAUUGAGGCAGAGGACAGUCCACAGUUAGGCAAGCAGGCGGUGGCCAAACAGAAGAACAUACCAACAAAUGACACACAACUCUGGUGCUAUGAUAAAGGCUGUUUCCGUAACAAGAAGUACCAGAACUGUGCGCUGCAGGUCGCGGACUCCUUCGCGCCCUCCCCCGUGGAACUGGGGCCCUGCACGGGCGACAGGAACCAGAAAUGGGUGAUCCAUGCUAACGGAGUCAUCACCAGUGCAGACACAGACUUUGCCCUGGACAUGGACGGGCGCAACAUCAUCAUCAGCCCACAGGAUGCAGACGACACGAGCACCCGCAAAUCCUGGGGCAUCGAAGUCGUCCAAAAAUAGCCCCUGUACACCCCUCCCCUCAAUCCGUGAAUGGGAUAACCUCAGGCAGCUCUUGACUAAAACUUCAGGCGAAAAUGUACCGACACAGCGUUUGUUGAAAGCGAUACCGCGCUUCAAAAGUAAAUCAUGAACGACUGCAACCCAAACUUAACGUCAAGAUUGCCUCUGAGGUUACUCAAAUUCACGGCCCUUCCUUCCCUACAUAUAACAUAGAGAUUAUGAAAACAUAUAUGAUAAGUCAGUCAUAGCAUUCCUAAGUAAUGGCAAGGAUAUUUUUUCUCGGUGGCGGGGCGGAUAAACAACUGAGUUGAUGAUGAAGUAAGAUACUUUCUGUCAUUAGUCAACAAGCCACACAUUUCCUGGCAAAGAG